UCACUCCAAUACAAGCGCAACCUUAACCUAAGAAUAAUAUUAAAAAAAAACGACACUGUCUCUCCUCCCUGCAUCCAACGUCUCUCACAGCUCCUGCAAAACAUCUCCCUGCACAGGUGACCGGCGAAGCCACCGGCUCUCUCCUCCUUCUCAGGUGACCGGCGAAGCCACCGGCGAAACCACACUCACACACUCGCACCCUCUCUCAACCAUCUACUCUCAACCCUAAACCCCAUUACUCUCUCGAUUUCUCUGCCGACAUUGAUCUAGAUCACACUCAAGCUCAAAUUGCUCUCUCAAUUUGAAGCUAUACGACACAUUGUAAACGAAAUCUAAAGACUUUGAGUCUCUCAAAGAACGAAUACACAUAGCUAAUAGUUGAUGGCCCUGUUCAACCGGAUUACCGGAUUAGGUUUAUGCUACUCUGGUAUCGAGGGGAAGCAGGGUUCCUCACCAUCUGUUAUAGUCAUAGGUUCUGGAAUUGCUGGUAUUUCGGCUGCCCGCGCUCUUUAUGAUGCUUCAAUUCAGAACCUGCUAGGUGAUAGAUUUCAUUUUUUUUUCUGCACAGGCCCUGUUACUCUAACCAAAAGUGAUGGAAGAAUGAAGUCAAAGGAUCGACAGUUUACAUACACUGAGGUUAUUAGUAUGACCAACAAUUUUCAAAGAAUCUUAGGAAAAGGAGGAUUUGGAGCUGUUUAUUACAGCUCUCUAGGAGAUAACACUAAAGUUGCAGUCAAGAUACUCAAUCUACCAUCUGCUCUGAUAUCAUUUCGAAUUGAGGGUAGAACUGUUGAUGAGAGUUCACCAAAAUAAUUUGGUUUCUCUUGUUGGAUAUUGCGAUAAAGGAGAGAGCACUGCACUUAUCUACGAAUACAUGCCUAACGGUAACCUGCAAGACCAUUUAUCAGGUACUGCUGAUGUACUGCUGUUGUUGCUGCUAUGCUACUGCUUCUGCUAUACUGUUGUUGUUGUGGUUGGCUCUAUACUGUUGUUGUAGCUGCUGGAGUGGGCUGUAUACUGCUGUUGUUAUUGCUGCUGCACAGAAGAUCGGUAGAUCAGUAGAGCAGUAGCAGAUCAAUCGAGAAUCAGCCAUAACAUGAUAAAAGUAUAGCUUAAGGUCUCAUAUAAUACAACCAGCACUAAAUCAUGAUGUUUUCAAAACUCCAAGGGAGGGGCCCUUUACCAAAGAGGAGUUGGAUGAAGUUCGAGACAAGUGGGCUACUUACUUCAACGAUUGUGAACUACCCUCAGUGUAAUAAAUAGAGCAUAAUAAAUAGAGAAGGCUUGUAGUUAUCCGUGACUCUUACAUUAUUUUGUUAUUUAUCGACUUAAUUAAUUACAUUUGAAUUAAUUCGGUAAUAUUAUUGGAAAUUUGAAAUUUAUAUCA